ACCUGCGGGGCUGGCCGACCGGGUGCGGGACGCGAUCCCGCGCGGCGGGCACGGCGGCGGCGGGAGGAGGGGCCCCGAGCGUGUUCGAAGGACGCCCUGUCCUCCAAAUGCUGGCACUUGGCAGGGCGCUGGCGAGAAGGCGGCGCUUUGCCCCUGCAGGACCUCAGCUCCUACCCGGCCUUUACGCCAGCUAGGUCCCUCCCAGAGCAGCGCCGUCCCCUGGAGCUGAGCUUCGGGGACCGGCCCGGAGCAUGCAGCCUGCCAAUCGCCAGGUGCUUCCUUGGCCCCCAAGGCUGUCCGGAUGUGCGAGAGAAGUGCAGCUGCCCCGGCGGUGUGUUGUAUAAACACUGCAUGUGAAGAGUAGUGAAAGGGAGCAUUGAUUCCUGACGUGGCCUAGAGAAAAAAAUUACCGGUCAACAUCGCGUGGAUGGACUCUUCGUGUUUUCCAAAGAUGCUCCUGAAGUAGACUUUACUAUUGGUUUCCUCUACUCAGUUAAAGCUCUUUAUACCAUGGGCUGCAUGAAAUCAAAGCAGACUUUCCCAUUUCCUACCACAAUCGACACAGAGAAGCGACAUGCAAGUGAAGAAAGCUUUAUGCCAGAAGAGAGAUUUCUGCCUAGGAUACCUUUUCCAGUUAAUGUCAGAGAGGAAGUGAAGGAACCAUCAGUGCCCAAUAUUGUAGUUUUUGAAUAUGCACACCGCCUGUCCCAGGAAAUCUUGAAUGAUGCUCUCCAGCAGUGGGCAUGCAAUAACAUCAAGUACUGUGAUAUCCCAUACAUUGAGAGUGAGAGGCCCUGAUGCUGUAGGAUAAUGACACUUGAACUGUGGAUAUAGUUGGUGCUAGUUUAAAUACAUGAAACAAAAACAAAAACUGAUGUGAAUAAGUACAGAUAACUCCAUCUGGAUGUAAGUCUAUGAUAACUUUACUAGUAUAGAAAUACCUAAGAAAUUUCUAAUGUGUUUUAAGCAGCUUUAUGUUAAUAGCAAUUUCUGUCUGCUUGGUCUCAGAUUUUAGUAAUUUAAAGGGCUGAAUGGAAGUUCUCUGACACCACAGUAAUCAGCUGUAUGUGACACCACUUUUGUCUUGAGGCACUAGCAGCAUCACCAAAGAAAUUAAGAAUAAAAAGUGUUCCCAAGUUCCAAAUGGUUAUUUUAAAGGCACUCCUUUAAAACAGCAAUUUCUAUUAAUUUAUACAAAAUAGCUAAAGAUGUGAAAGGACGUUUUUCAAAACAUUCUCUUACCUUGGCAAGAGAAUGGCACUCGAGUCAUAAUAAUCAACAGUGGGUCUUGUUUGUCAAAAUCACUGUGUGUCUUUUGUGUAAAGGACUCCCACUUGACACAAAGGAUCAAACAUUAGAAAGCAACCCGUUUAAAAGAGGUCCAUCUUAAACCCUUUCCUUAAUAAGAUACUUAUUUUUGUAAAUGAAAAGUAUAACUACCACCUUGAACCUCAGGGCCCUAACCACAGCUGUUAUUGGAUGACUCAGACUUUGUGUUUAAAGGCAUCUUAAAAAGCUAAGAUUUACAGAAGCCAUGACAUUAUAUCCGCGUUGAAAACAAGUAUGAGUACCUUUUAUAAAUAGCAUUCCAGAAAAUCUUAAAAUAACAGAAGCCUAAUAUGCAAGGUAGAAGGCAGAACCUGGUCUUUGUGCUAAAUGUGUAUUAAGUCUAACCGUCUCAGAGAUGCAGAGGGCUGGUAUACUAAGCCUUGUUCCCAGAUUUUUUGUUGACUAGUGGGCAGUCAGUCACCAUUGAACCUACAUUGGCCCAGAUAAUGCAUGAAGAUUUAUGGUUGCAUUACAAAAUGAAGAAAUAGAGUAAUCCUGCCAGGAAACAAAGUAAACACAAUGGCCACAGGACUUUAUAGUCAUAUACUAUACAACUUUUUAAAUAAAUUUGGCUGCUUUUGAAGCUUUUUUUUUUUUUUUUUUAGUGUCUCUCACACUUUUUUCUUUUUUUUUAAGAUUAGUACUGUUUGAGAAUUCAAUAACAAAUUUUGCGGGAGAAGAUACUGAGGAGACAAUUUAUAGGAAAAUUGGGACUGAAUCUCUAGAUUAGAAUUAUCUUUUCAUUAAGAUUUGCUAUACAUGGAGUUUAAUUGGAAAGGAAGUUAUUUAAGCCCUAGUAUGUUGGAUUCUUUCAUUAAAAUACAGUAGAUCCUUAUCACUGAAAUCUAAGGGAAGACAGAAAAAGACUUCUGACCUCUUUGAUGAGAUAAAUAUGCAUUUGGCCUUGUAAGCUGGCAGAAAAGCUACCUCUAAAUUUAACCAUUAUACUUUGUAACUCACAAUUAAACAGAGUGAAUUCUCUAGGUUAUAUCGGCAAAGCAGCAGCUCUUUAAAGAGAAUGAUGUGCCAUUUUCAGUUGCCUUGGGAAACCUGGUCUUCAAAAUGACUUUCACCUACUGCCAGGAUCUGUGCUGUCCUACUGUAUUUAUAAUCGAGCAACUUAUGAAACAGAAAAGCAACCACUCCUGUUCGUUCAAGAAUCUGAAAUUGUAAGGCUGAGGGCAGAAAGUUUCACAUAGGUAUAAAACAUAUUUCCAACUCAUGAAGAGAAGUUUCAGUUUUUGAGUGUAUAUUCUAAUAACUUGAACAAAAGCCUUACCUGUUGCUGUUUUUUCAUUCAUUUUACAUCUCAUUUUAGGAUAUUUUCCACUAGGUCAAUUGCUAUUUAAAAGCUUACAUAGUUAGUAGGAGAUGUAAAAUAAUACAUCCUAUGGUGAGAAAACAAAGCCAUAUAAAGCAGCCUGUCACUAAAUUUUUCAAUAUACACAGGGAUAUAGACUAGUGGGCUUUGGUUACUUCUAAAUAUUUUAACCUCAGGUUCCUUCUUUUCCAUGGACUCCUGUUUCCCAUGGGUAUAACAGGAAUGCCUUCCAGAUCCAUAUCUAGGUUGGAAAUGUAGCCUAAUCUGUCACUACCCUGUCAGAUACUAUGCGGUACAGUUUUGUUUGCCACUGAGCACCACCCCCUCAACCCCUGGAUCUCAUUUCAGUGCAGCACAAUAUCUUGUGACGUAAAGAGACUUAACUGGGAAAUAUAUGUCAAACCAUGGAUGAGAGACAGAAGACCUGCAUAUAAUACAGUGAGUCAGUGGAUAAACCAAGUUGGGAGCAGUUGGGAGAGAGAAGGGGGCUAGAUAAACAAAUUUGUACUGUAGGUGAUAGUUAUCAACAUACAGUUUGGCCUUGAUAACAAGAGGAAGGAGAACAUCUUUGAUAAGCUAAUUAGUCUUCUUUCAUGCCUUCAAAUUGAAAUACUGGCUUUACUUCAUUUUGAAGGUCUUUCAUGAACAAUAAAAGAGAAUACUGACUGUUUGAGAGAGGAAACACCACAGAGCAGAAGACUGAAAGAAUUAUUAGCUACCGAAAAGGGAAACAUCUGGUGCCAAUUUGUGCCAUGAAUACCAAUGAUGCAAGGAUAGUGGCCAGACGAUGAGAGAGGGAAAGUGGAGACAAGGGGGGAACAAGAAAGAGCACUAAUGUCAGACUCCAUCAGAAGAAAGCAUUGCAAAACCAAGUUUCCAAUGUUUUAAUAAACACAGUAGCAGUUUCUUUUCUUUACCAUAUUGAUAUGUGCCAAACCACUGAAACUUCCCUUAGGAAUAUCCAGUGUAGGGGCAAAUGAGCCCCAACCAGUGACAAAGAACCUCCAGGUAGCAAAUUGGGGAAGCAGCAGAGUAGUAGAGGAAAUGUGCCAAUUCUUUACUUAGCAAAACUCACACAACCCUACAAAUAUACUUCACUGAUGCGUAUUUGUUAAAUGUAUCUUACGUACUAUUAUCCUCUGGUUUCAUGCCUUUGAUCUUACAAGUUCUCUACUUUGGGUUGCCUUAUCACUUCUUUGCACACUGCCUAUGGAUGUUAUUAGUACUUAAAGCACAAUUCUGAAGGGGACAGAAAUGAUUACCAUCUUAGUUCCAAAAGAAUAAUUCAUGUCAAAUUGCCUUAUCAGUAUUAUAAAGAGACACUGAAUGAAUAAAGUAGCAUGAUACUCAUACAUUUAUUCAAUUAUCAUUGGCAUUUUAUGAGAUGGGAGGGAGAUACACGUUUGUAUUACAUAGUUUUAGAAAUCAAUUAGAGACUCUAUAACAUAUAGUGUCAUGGAACAGCAACUUAAAAACAAAUCUGAAGACUACAUUGUUUUCUUAAUGUCCUCAUACUGUAUUUGUGUGACUAAUAGGAUAAAUCUUCCUUGGAGCUGUGGGCUUGGCUAAGAAUGGUUCACUAUAUCUUAAUUUGCAGAACUCAAAUUGUGUUAGCAAAUUCUCUUCCUUAUUAGACUUAGCUAUGAAAUGGUAUAUUUUUUCCAUAUAUUUUUGUGAAAACAUUUUUGUAACUGCACAAUAAAGUCCAGUUGCAAUUAGCUAGCUGUGAGUUCUUAUUUAAAAUAAGCAAAUGCUUUUCAAUCUUAGGUAUUUAAAAAUUUUUAAUACAAAGGAAUUCAACAUUUUCUGCAUUUCUAACAAAUAAAAAGUGAAUAAAAAUCAACUUACACAAAUAAUUUCUUGGAUCUUUCAGACCUAAUUUUGCUGCUUCAAGAAUAUAAAUGUAAAUUGUCCAUUAUCAUGCCAUCUUUAUUCCAGAUCUGUUCUCUGAAUUCUUUGGAAGGAAGAUGCUUCAUCCCAAUAGAUUAAGAACUGAGAAAAUGUAAUACCUUUUGGACUGCAAUUUCCUCAUCUAGGAGAAGGGAGAUAAUCUUUGUCUUUUGUGGUCCUGCCAUUUUGUGUUCUUAGAAACCUGAAGUUUUCUUAGUAUCUGAGGAGUCUGGAAUGAAGGAGAAAUUAUGCCAAGCUACAAAAUAAAUGAUAAGCUAACAUUUAAUUAAAAAUUAUUCUUACCUAAAACAUUAAGGUUUCUGAGUCUAGAAUACCUCACAGUUCCUACAUACCUUAACAAAGUGUUUUGUCAGUAGUGCCAAUUACUGAAGGCAUUUACAUUUUGAACAAAAACCCUCUUGUUUUCCAUUAUUUUUUUCCUCCUGUUUUGAACCUUCUGUAAGGACAACUGAUAUCACACAAAAGUAUUUUAUAAAUUGUAAAAAGUGGAGCGUCCCUGUCUUAGAGAUUGGAGUUUCCUAAAUCCUCAUUCUUCAGAUUAGCAAAAAUUGCAAAUAAAGAAUAGUGCUUGCACCAGAGGAUGGGUUAUGACUACUUUAGGGAAGGCUAAGGCUGCAUUGAUAAUACUGGAUAGAUAAUUUCAUAAAAACCUUCUCUCUUUGCCUUAAAUUUCUAAUAUUAUAAAAGGAAUACCUGUGUUAUAGUAACUCAUUUUAAAAUAGAUUAAUAUGUGGAGAAAAUUCUGACACUAAUAUCUAAAAACAUUUUCACUGUUUUUAUUUUUGGUAAUCUACACAUAAAAGUUAUUUCAUAAACAUAUAAACCACUACCCAGGGCCAAAACAAAGUUCCUACUUCAAUUACAUAUACUUAAGAGAAUUCUAACAUCCUUCUAGGUUUUCCCAUCUUCCGAAUUCUAACAUCCUUCUAGGUUUUCCCAUCUUCUAAAUCAGAGGUUGGCAAACUUUCCAAAAAGGGUCACACAGUAAAUAUUUUAGGCUUUGCAGGCCACGUGGUCUCUGUUGCAACUACUCAACUCUGCCAUUAUAGCGCAAAAGCAGCCAUAAGUGAUAUGUAAAUGAAAACAAUGUUUUUUAUGUUCCAAUACAAUUUUACGAACACUAAAAUCUGAAUUUCAUAAUUUUCAUAUGUCAUGAAAUAUUAGUCUAUCAUUUUUUCAACCAUUAAAAAAUGUAGAAACAACUCCUGUGGGCUGUAUAAAAUCAGGCAGCAGGCUAUAGUUUGCGAAUCACUGCUCCAAAGUAACACCUUAAAAGACCAUCACCUCAAAAUUUUAGAUCAUUGCUUCCCAGAGAUUUAAAGUGAUUAUUCAAAUCUUCAUCUGUAACUUCUUUUAGAUCAGCUGGUUUCCACUUCGGACUCUGGUCUUUAUCUAUUAAAACUGUCAAGAGAAGACACAGAUGUUGGGUACAUGUCUUCCUAGUAUUACUAGAUUUUAUUUACUGAAUUGACAGAAACUACCUUGUAUUAGGCAUAUUUUUCUAUAGCACAUUUUUUCCCAAAGUUUAAAUUUUAGCAUGUGCUCAGUUUUCUAAAUUAAACUCCAAAGAAUUUGUAUUCUUAGAUAGCAAUACACUGAUGAUGACUGGGGUGGAUAUUUUCUAACCAUCUGAUUGACUCUAGCUUUAAUAAAGCCUACUGAACUAAUCCAGUGGUUUAAAGAGAACUUUUUUCUUCAAACAGAAUCAUAAAUGAAAUCUCCAUGGUAUAAAACAUGUGAUGUCGCUUAAAGAGAAGGCAGAGGAAGAAUGUAGAAAGCCCAGAUCUGCCUCCUUGACCUCCACAUUGAGUUUAGAGAGGAAAAUUAAUAGCUCAAGGUAGAGGGAAGGGGGCUUUAUGCAUAAUGAAAAGUGGAUAUUGCAGUUCUGCAGAAUCUUCUAGUUCAGACAGCUCUGAAUUAAAAAACAAGACUACCUUCCAGUUAUCAUGAAACCCUCUACUUUUCCUGUUUCAAUGUAGUCAUCACUUAGUGUAGUCACACAGUAUCCCCACAGGAUUGUAAGUAUGAGGCAAUCUAACCUCUCUUAAAAAGGGGGAGAGGAUGUCAGUUUCUACUUGAGAUAUUGUAGUUACGUAAAAUGUUACCACUGGAACAAACUGGGUGGAGGACAAAUAGUAUCUGUAUUAUUUCUUAUAACUGCAUGUGAAUCUAUAAUUAUCUUUCAAAAGAGAGAAGAGGGAUACUUGGUAUGGUUGUGAUAGGGAAUUCCAACCAUGCUUAAAAUAAUGCAUAAUUCUUGUGAAGAAUGGAAAUAUUUAAACACCAAACUAUAUAGUGAACCUUAAAUGUAAUUUAAUAUAAAAAGGCAAUCUGAGAACAAAAGAAAGACUGCAUAGGGACGUAAUAAGUACCCAUCACUGGAGGUUUUCAAGGUUUGCUGCCUAAGUAUGGGAUUCCAGUAUCAGAUUAGUGGUGACAUAAACACUGAUUAAUGUUCUAUACUUGCCUAUUCAAAAAGCUUUUUAUUCUUUGGACAGCAUAAACAAUGAAAAUGGGACUUUUUUCCCACAAAUCUCUUCCCCUUUAAGCCUGGCCAAUACUGUCUACCUCCUGAGAUACCACUGAAGGGCAAAAGGAGAGAGAAUAUGAAUCAAAUUUGUGUGUUAUUUUAUUCCAAACUAAAAUUAAAAAAAAAAAACAAAACAAAACACCAAAACC